AUGUUAGCCUUGUCAAAUCACUCUCAAUCAAUUCAAGCUGCUUUUGAAAAGCAAUCCGAUCAACAAAAAACUGAAUAUCGAAUUCGUUUAAAUGCCUCAAUUGAUGUUGCAAGGUUUCUCUUGGACUUUGGAUUGCCUUUUCGUGGUCACGAUGAAAGUGAAUCUUCAAAAAAUAAAGGCCUUUUUCUAGGGCUUUUGGAAUGGCUUGGAAAUAGGCUUCCAGAUGUAGAUAGAGUUAUAUUAAAACAUGCUCCAAAAAAUGAUAUGAUGACUUCGCCAAAAAUUCAAAAGGAUAUUAUGAGUGCUUGUGCACAAGAGAUCGUGAAAGCUAUAAUUGAUGACUUGGAUGGAGAUUAUUUUGGGAUAUUAGUUGAUGAGUCCAAGGAUAUUUCACACCAUGAACAAAUGCCCCUUGCUUUGCGGUAUGUUGACAAAAAAGGCCAAGUGAACGAGCCAUUUAUUAGUCUUGUUCGUGUUAGUGAUACAUCUGCAAAGUUGUUGAAAGAUGCAGUACUUUCUUUGCUAAUGAAACACUCAUUAAGUCUAUCCAAAAUACGUGGACAGGGCUAUGAUGGGGCUAGUAAUAUGCAGGGAAAGAUGAAUGGCCUUAAAGCUUUAAUUUUGCAAGAAACUCCAUGGGCAUAUUCUGUUCAUUGUUUUGCACAUCAAUUAUAA